AUUCUCUUCUGUGUCUCAAUUUCCACCGAAACCUGGAACGGGAAUGGCGGAGUGGUCCCAACUCCCACCGGAACUACUUGACCAAAUUGCGAAAUCCCUCCAGGCCCCCUUUGAUCAUCUACGUUUUCGAUCGGUGUGCUCUGCGUGGCGAUCCAGCGUGACCCCCAAGCCCCGUCGCUUUUUGCCAGGUUAUCUCAUCCUCCCCAACGACGGUAUCUCCGAUACCACUUUUGGUUUCCACCUCUCCAAGCGCUCUAUACUCAUCCUUCAAUCCACGCGACUCGGCAAUCAAGCGGAACGGAGCCCUCAUCCCGCUUGGGUAAUCAAAAUUGAAGAAGACUUGCCCGAUAGAAAGAGCUUGUUGAACCCAUUAUCGAGACAUCGUUUUAGUCCUCUACCAAGCGAUUUCCCAAGGGUCUUAGAUUUGUCGGGUAUUCGUGUAUGUGAAUUGGGCCAAGAGUACGUGCUUCAUUCCAUCAAUUAUAAACAUAUGAUUGGUGAUGAUAAUCUGUACAUGGAGAAGGUCGCAUUGAAAUGGGUUAGCAUUGAUGGCGAUUUCGUGUUGCUUACGAUUCAUGUAUCGGGGAAGCUGGCGCUGUUCAGAUCUGGAAACAAGAGGUGGACGACAAUCAAUGAUAUGCCGUCUCCCUAUGAUGAUGUCAUUUUGUUCAAAGGGGAGUUCUUAGCCGUCGACAAUACUGGAAGAACUGUGAAUGUGGAUGUUACUGGCUCGCCACCGGUACUGAGUUUGGUGGCUAACCCUGUGUUUGGAGGGGACAAGAAAUACUUGGUGGAAUGUGAGGGGCAAUUAUUGAUGGUAGAUAUGUAUCUAAGUAUCGAUGCUACGGAGGGUGGUCCUCUGGGCUUCGGUGAGGACUUCUUGGAGCAUUUAGCUGUUUAUAUGAGCGAGAGGACUGUGAGGUUCAAGGUCUACAAAUUAGAUGAAGAAAUGCUGACGUGGGUGGUGGUGAGGAACUUAGGGGAUAAAGUGCUGUUCUUGGGUGACCAUUCUACUUUUGCGGCAUCGGCUUCUGAUCUUUCUCUGCCGAAGGGAAAUUACAUUUUCUUUGUAGAUAACUUCUUCUAUGUAAGCAGCGAGUAUAGUGGUGGGGACGAAGAUGGAGAAAUGGGCGGUGGUCGAGAUAUUGGUGUUUUUGACUUGGAGAGUUGUUGCAUUGGACCCUUAGGAAACUAUCCUCACUAUUCCAAGAUUUUUUGGCCUCCCCCACAUUGGAUUUUCUCUUGUGGAUUGGGGGCGCAAAAUCAAAAUCACUCAGCAGAACAGUCUCAGUGAAGUGCAGAUAGAUUUCCUUUGUACGAGAAAUGCCGUUUCAUUGACCAAAUCAUUGGAGUAUCAGUGAAACCCUCACCUAUCUCAGAAGAGAAGGUCCACGACUGGGUAAAGAUGGAUUUCCUUGUCUUAUCCACCCUGGAAAGAUGAUGCUAAGCCCAGUACAUAUUGGAUACAGAGAGUUGGGUGCUUUUUAUCCCAUGAUUUGUUUUUGGGUGCUUUUUUAACACAUGAUUUGUUGCUGAAAUUCAGAAAUUGUUUGAUCAUUUAUUUAUCUUAGCUGCAAACUUCAGAUGUUACAGAUUUCUCUUCUCAAUAGAACUUUUGCUUACAUCUUGAUAGCUUCACUGCAGAGUGAAAGUUGUUCAAUCAUUUCUGAGUGCCCGUAAUAUAAGAUGACUGUUUGUGUUGUUUGAUCU